AACUCUUAAUCUUGAACAGUUUUAAGAGAGCUGUCGUGAUAUCAAGACGCAUAUUCGUUUAAACAUCUACAAACAUGAAGCAUUUUUCUGUGGCCGUUUUACUCAUUGCAUUCUUUUGCUAUCAAGUUGAUUGCGGUGGACGUAAGAAGGUGCAAGAAGAGCCCUGGAAAGGUUCAUGUUUAGAAAAAAACGCUCGUUAUCCUGUUGCCGAUCAGUGCGACAGAUAUGUUGAAUGCACUGACGGAGAACCCGAAGAAAAACUAUGCUCAGAUGGUUUGUUGUUCAAUGAUAGAGCUGGUGUGUUCACAUUCCCAUGCCAAUAUCCAAUCGACGUUGACUGUGGCACACGUUCUGGAAGACAAGCACCACAGGCAACUGAAGAAUGCGCACAUCAAUUUGGAUACUUUAAAUUGGGUGACGAAUCAGAAUGUCAAUACUUUUUAAAUUGUGCCGAUGGUCGUGGUUACAAAUUGACAUGUCCCAUUGGUUUGGCUUUCAAUCCCGAAACCUAUCAGUGCGAUUGGCCAGAUCUUGUAACAGCCUGUAAUCCAGAAGCUUAUUUGAGAUACACUUGCCCACCAGAAACCAGAGAAGAAGGUUUUGGUCCCGGAGAAACUAAAUUCUAUCGAUCGGAUGAUUGUCAACGAUAUUUCUUGUGCAACAAUGGUCGGCCAAGAUUGCAUGUGUGUGGCGUUGGAGCCGCUUUUGACGAAUCAUUGAAUCGUUGUGAAGCUGCACAAAAUGUUACUGGCUGCGAACAUUUAGCCGUUACUGAAGAACCAGAAAAGCCAAUAAUUCACUUGAAAACAUUGAAAAUUAAUAACUAGGUCAAUUUUUGAUAAAUCAAAGUAAAAAAAAAAAAUAAACAAAAAUCGGUAAAUAAUAA